AUGUCGAAUUUGAUCCAAGAAAGUAAUCAAGAAUUGAUGAAACACUCGUGUAAGCUGUGCGACAAGAGCUUCCCUUCUGGUAGAUCCUUGGGAGGUCACAUGAGGUCUCACGUGAUCAACUCCCCCGAUCAUCAUCUUCAUCAACACCAGAAACAGAUGAAGAAGCUCUCAUCUGUCAACAAUGGCGGAAAAUUAAUCAAGAACGAUACUGUAGUAGAAAUCGAUGGUUCUUCGAAUGAUUUGGGUUAUGAGCUGAGGAAAGAUCCAAAAAAGACUCCAAAAGUCAAAGAUACAAGUGAAAUGGAGAAUUGUUUGGUGGUUCUUGAUAAGCUCUGUAAAGAAUGUGGAAAAGGUUUUCAAUCUUGGAAGGCGUUGUUUGGGCACAUGAAAUGUCACUCUGAAAAAGUCGCAAACAACAACAAAUUGAAUCAAGAUUCUUGGACUAGUCAAUUGGAUAAUGAGAAUUCUGGUGUGAAAGAUCGUCGUAUGAAGAAAUCAAAAUCAAGAAACGGAAAAAUUAAAAGGUAUAAAGUUACUUCUGCUACAACUGCUACUGUUACAACAACCACCAUUACAACAGCUUCAUCAUCAAUCUCGAUGAAUGCUAAUAAUAAUAAUAAUAAUAACAACAAUCAAAUUAGUAGUAAUCAUGCUUCAACGAGUGUUGUAUCUGAGAUUGAGCAAGAUCAAGAAUCUGAGAUUGCUAUGUGUUUGAUGAUGCUUUCGAGAGAUGAGGGAAAAUGGGGCAAUGAAUUUGAAUCAUCUGAUUAUUGCAAUUCCUCUGCUUUUGUGGGGUUGACUAAAGUUGAGGGUAAAAAGCGAAUUGGGAAGGGUUUCAAGAUCAAGAAACUAGCAGAAACACAAGUGGGUGUUGAUUAUCUUGGAAGAUCUGAAGUGGGUUUUACUGGAGUUGAGAAAAUUAUGAUCCGAAACGAUGAUUUUAACGACGAAUGUGAGUUGUUUUUUGGAAGCAAGAGAAAGUUUGAGUGCAUUACUUGUAACAAAAGCUUCGACUCUUAUCAAGCACUUGGUGGGCAUAACGCAAGUCACAAGAAGUUAAAGGGAAGUCUAGAUCCGAAAACCGAAGGUGAAAACACAAUCGAACACAAACCCUUUUUCAAUCAUGAGCAUAUAAUCAAUGGGUUUGAUUCAAAACCAUCUGAUAAUCAUCAAACGACAAAAGCUUUCAAUCUUGGUGUUCGUUCUUUGAAGAAAUCAGUGGUGUUGGGAGCACAUGAAUGUCCAAUUUGCUUGAAAAUCUUCUCAUCUGGGCAAGCUUUAGGAGGUCACAAGAGAUCGCAUAUGAUUGCAGAGGCUAAAUUGAAUCAACAAACAAGUAUGAAUCUUAUUGAGAAAGAGAAUGAACCUGUUCGAGGGUUUUUUGAUCUCAACAUGCUUCCCGAUACAAUGGAAGAAGAGCCAUGGCAUCAUGAAUCAACGACACUACUUGGUUUGCUCUCAGGAAUUUAA